AUGACGACGCAAGUGGAUGACGCGAACGACGGAGACGUCGAGAAGCUCGUGCGGGAGGCGCCCAAGCGCUUAGGUCAGACGGAGAGGCGUAACAAGCCCAAGCAGCAGGAGAAGGUCAAGCAUGUGGCCAAGUACACGCGCAGUGGCGCCAUCUCGCAGCGUCGCAUCCGCACCAUCCGGGACAAGAAGUUGAAGGGCUCGUUACAACGCGCUCAUGAGAAGCACCAGCUGGCAGCCGAGUCAGCUGCCAAGUCGGAGAUCUUACUGCCUGACCAGGCUGGAUUUCUCGAAGCUGAAGGACUUGAGAAGACGUACAAGUUCACUCAGAAGCAGCUCGCUGACAACGUGGACCUCAAUACAGCGCGCAAGAUCUUUAGCUUGGACUUGCCAGACUAUGGCUCGUACCGCGUCAAAUAUACGCGCAACGGACGGAAUAUGCUGCUGGGGAGCCAGAAGGGCCACUUGGCGCAGCUGGACACGCUGCGCAUGAAACUCACGUGUGAGUUUCAGGCCAACGGCUUGGUGCGCGACGUUACUUUCUUGCACAACGACUCGCUGUUUGCAGCAGCACAGAAAAAGCACGCGUUCAUUUACGAUAACACGGGUGCGGAGGCCCAUUGUAUCCGCACGAUCCCCGAGCCGCGACGGAUGGAGUUUCUGCCUUACCACUUUUUGCUCUCGACCGUGAGUGGCAACGGAUUGCUGAGCUACCACGAUGUGACAGAAGGAAAGCAGGUGUCGACGCACCGAACGAAACAGGGACUGUGUGACACAAUGGCGUUGAACCCGUGGAACGCCGUUGUGAACCUUGGUCAUGCAAGUGGAAUUGUAACGCUGUGGACGCCAAACAUGUCGGAUGCUGUCGUCAAGAUGCAGUGCCAUCAGGGACCGACUCGCUCCAUGAGCAUUGACAGCAGUGGAAAGUAUCUUGUUACCGCUGGUGCUGACAGGAAAGUGAAGGUGUUUGACCUGCGCAAGUAUCAAGAGCUGAACAGCUACUAUUUGUCAGCGGCAGCUAACACGAUGAGUGUGAGUCAGCGUGGACUUGUAGCAGUAGGCUUUGGCCCGAACGUACAUGUGCUCAAGAAUGCUUUCACGUCAAGCUCUCCGAUCAGGCCAUACAUGACGUACCAGAUUCCAGGCUCAAUGGUCAGCUCGAUAGCAUUCCGCCCGUUUGAAGAUGUGCUGGCUGUCGGACAUGCCACAGGCUUGAACUCUGUGGUGAUUCCUGGUUCAGGUGAGCCAAACUUCGAUACGUACGAGGCGAACCCGUUUGAGAAUCACAAGCAGCGUGAUGAGUCGGAGGUGCGGUCACUGCUGGAGAAGAUCCGUCCGGAGAUGAUCACAUUGGAUCCGAAUGCCAUCGGCCGUGUGGACAUGGACCCAGCUCAGGAGCAAGAAAACAAGAUCUACCAGAUGAAGCGUGCGAAUGGUAGUGAUAGUAUCAAGAAACCGAAGAAGAAAAUGCGCGGUAAGAACCGUCCGUCGCGGCGAUUGCGCAAAAAGCAGCAAAAUGUUGUCGACGCCCAGAAACAACAGUACCGCGAGCAAUUGGCCAGCAAGCAAAAGCGCGCAUACCGACAGGAGCAGCAGCGCGAAUGGGACGGAAAAGCUGAGAGUGCGCCUACAGCGCUCAAUCGGUUCUUCAAGAAAUAG